CUGGGUCUUCCAGUUUCCCGGCGUGCUUAGGGCCCGCCAAAUGGGAGGGGGAGACGCAAGAUGGCGGCAGCCGCGAACUCCGGCUCAAGCCUCCCGCUGUUCGACUGUCCGACCUGGGCAGGUAAACCCCCACCUGGUUUACAUCUGGAUGUAGUCAAAGGAGACAAGCUAAUUGAGAAACUGAUUAUUGAUGAGAAGAAGUAUUACUUAUUUGGGAGAAACCCUGAUUUGUGUGACUUUACCAUUGACCACCAGUCUUGCUCUCGGGUCCACGCUGCCUUGGUCUACCACAAGCAUCUGAAGAGAGUUUUCCUAAUAGAUCUCAACAGUACACACGGCACUUUCUUGGGUCACAUUCGGUUGGAACCUCACAAGCCUCAGCAAAUUCCCAUCGAUUCCACAGUCUCGUUUGGCGCAUCCACAAGGGCCUACACUCUACGUGAGAAGCCUCAGACACUGCCGUCAGCUGUGAAGGGAGAUGAGAAGAUGGGUGGAGAGGAUGAUGAGCUCAAGGGCCUCCUGGGGCUUCCAGAGGAGGAGACCGAGCUUGAUAACCUGACAGAGUUCAACACUGCCCACAACAAGCGGAUUUCCACCCUGACCAUUGAGGAGGGGAAUCUCGACAUUCAGAGACCAAAGAGGAAGAGGAAGAACUCGCGGGUGACUUUCAGUGAGGAUGAUGAGAUCAUCAACCCAGAGGAUGUGGAUCCCUCAGUCGGUCGCUUCCGGAACAUGGUGCAGACUGCUGUGGUCCCCGUCAAGAAGAAGCGGGUGGAAGGCCCUGGCUCCCUGGGCCUGGAGGAAUCGGGGAGCAGGCGCAUGCAGAACUUUGCAUUCAGUGGAGGACUCUACGGGGGCCUGCCCCCCACACACAGUGAAGCUGGCUCCCAGCCGCAUGGUAUCCACGGGACAGCACUCAUCGGUGGCUUGCCCAUGCCAUACCCGAACCUCGCCCCUGACGUGGACUUGACUCCCGUCGUGCCGUCAGCAGUGAACAUGAACCCUGCACCAAACCCUGCAGUCUAUAACCCCGAAGCCGUCAACGAACCCAAGAAGAAAAAAUAUGCAAAAGAGGCUUGGCCGGGCAAGAAGCCCACACCUUCCUUACUGAUUUGAUAUUUUUGGUCAUGG